UUCAAAGCUCACCCAGCAAACAGCAGCUGCCGGCGUCAUCUUCCAAGGCCGCGCUUCACCGUGCGCUUGCGUUCUUCCGCGGCAGCGUCGGAUAGAGCGCAAUCCAGGCUUGGACAAAACGCGGUCUCCGUUCGUCCGACCCUCCGUCGUCGUCGUCCUCGUUCAGCUCUGCAGCACCGCAUCGUGCUUCGCCUUGCAAAUCCAUCGCGCUCUUGCAAUUUGGGUUUCAGCCGAUUUGUUAAUCUCAGAGGGACUAUGGCAGAGGUUUCAACUUCUCUUCGCCCGGUCUCUGCUGCUGCCUCUCCUUCUCUCGCCUGUCCUUCGCGUCUCUCGCGCUCGCCCUGGACCCAAAGCGCAUUCUCCGUCAGGUCCAGCAAUUCUGCUGCCUCCUCCUCGUCGUCAUCCUUUGUUGCGGCUGCUAGCAGUCGCCCCCUUCGAUUCACAACUCGUCAGUUGGAUGCCUACGCUCCGGAUGAAUUUGGAUAUGGUGCCUCCUCGGAAUCGAACGGACCUUCUUCCUCUUCGGGCUCCUUUGAGUCUGUCACAUUGCUCCCUGAGCCUGUAUCUGCACCGGCAAUAGGGUUUGGGAACUCCUCCAAAUUGUUCAAGGCACAGAUCAUCCGGAAUGUGAUGGUGGCAGCUCCAAUCAUAAUUGGAGCACUUUUUGGAAAUGCGAUUGUAGCUUCAGCAGCUGAGCAUUCCAUAGGAAGUUCUAGCCUCGGUUUGAAGGUGGCUUCGUUCCUGCGAGGAUCAGGUUUAGGUGAUGAAGUCAUUGUGGCUUUAGUUGCCUGCCUUCCUGCUUUAGAGCUUCGUGGGGCCAUACCAGUUGGUUACUGGAUGAAGUUAGCCCCUCUGAAGACUUAUGCAUUGGCUGUAAUUGGAAACAUGCUACCUGUGCCCUUUAUAGCGCUUUACUUGGAUAAGCUCUUCAAUUACGUGGCCUCAAGUAGUGAAGGUGGAAAGAAAUUGGUAGAUAUAAUCGUUACGAACACAAGACGAAAAGCCGAGCCUAUUAAAGAGUUCAAAUGGCUUGGGCUCAUGUUGUUUGUUGCCGUUCCGUUUCCUGGAACAGGGGCUUGGACGGGUGCUUUCGCAGCAUCCAUUCUGGGGAUGUCAUUCUGGGAGAACAUUUCAGCUAACUUUGUGGGUGUCUUGUUGGCAGGUGUUUUGGUUAACUUAGUAGUGAGUGUAGGUAUUCGAGAGGCUCUCUUUGUUGGUUUUGCUCUCUUUAUUUUGUCCAUAUUCAUGUGGCGGAUCCUACGCUUCCUCAAUCAGAAGAAAGCUUCAGAUGGUUGAGAUAGACGCAUGAGGGCCUAUUGAAUCAUGCACACAAGGUUAGACGUAAGGCCUUUCUUUUUAUUUAGAUGUAGGAAAAAGAGCAAACUUAGACUGCCCAGUUUGUCCUUGUUGACCUUGACCCAGGAGGUUCACUGUUGUGCUCAAAUUGAGCAAGGUUUUAGAAGAGAAGCUCCAGUGUUGAUUUCAGGUGCGUUUACGCAACGACAGUGCCGUUUUAUCAGAUUCCCAGCUACGAGUACUUAAUCUGGAUUCAAGUGAACAAUCUUCAAACGCAGUUUGUUCCUGUUAAGAGACAUGAGACAUGCUUGCGGUUGCUUGAAAAUGGUAGCAACAGAACACUUUUGAUGUACAUAUGAAGGAAAAUCUGAUGUGUGUAGCAUAGUUGGUUAAGAAUUGUAUGAUUCAUUUUUUCUAUAAAUGAUCUGUUAUUUUUUCUUUCAAUGUUAAAAAAAUUUGAGACUUUAACCA